CAGCUGUGUUUAUAAAGAAUGAACGUUGAUUCGGUUUUCAAGGUGAAGAAGAGUGAAACAUGCUGCAUGCGACUAUGGAACCUGAUGUGAUCAAAGGCCUCGGCCCAUCAGCUGAUCAAUACACACACUCAAAGGCCGUAGCAUACUUCGAAGAGGUCAAAAACACAAACCAUGGAUUGGAGGUUUGUGCAAUUGCAUUAGCACAGGGCUCGUAUAAGGAGGACCAUGUCAAUUUCUUUAUGUGGCAGGUUUUAGAACACCAAGUAAAAUAUCGAUCUGAACAACUUGAUGACAACGUUAAAGCUGGGAUUCGCUCUACUUUGUUGACAUGGCUUGAAAACUAUAGCAAACAGCCUGAUGCACAACUACCAACCUAUGUUAAAAACAAAGCAUCCCAAGUGUUUGCCAUUGUAUUUGCCAAGGAAUAUCUCUCUGGUUGGCCACGUUUUAUGCUCGAUGUUUUGUUUACUGCUUUGGGAGAUAUUGGCAAUAAACCACCAAGUAAAAAUGGGGCCGAAAUAUUUCUUCGUAUUUUGCUUGCUGUGGAUACUGAAGUAGUGGACAGAACUAUUGAACAUACAUCUGAGGUUCAAACUCACAACCAGUUACUGAAAGACACGAUGCGAGAACGAUGUGUCAAUCAACUGGUGGACGCUUGGUUCUUUAUUCUUCGAGAUUUGUCCACAUACUCAAACUGUAUCUCUUUGUGCUUGGACACUGUUGGUGCCUAUGUUACGUGGAUAGAUAUAACUCUAAUUGCUAACAACAGGUUCAUGAGUUUAAUCCUUGGUUAUCUGACUUCAUCUGAAUCGAUGGCUGUUCGAGAAUCUGCAUCCGAAUGUAUAAAGGAAAUCUCUAUUAAAGGGAUGCUACCUGCUGAUAAACUGGCGUUGGUUGAACAACUAUGGGCUGCUGUGGAAUCAUCCGGUGUUCUCUCUAAUUUAGAUAAUGAAAAUGAAAUUGACUUUGUAAUAAAACUUUCAAGACUGGUGGCAGCCAUGGCUUCAACUUUAAUUGUUGCUUGGAACAGACUGGUUAAAGCAUCACCAAGUGAUAGCGGGAUCUCAGCUCUCUCCUCGGCGAUCCUCUCCAAACUCCCGGUGUGUCUCCACUUCUUUGAGCACGGUGAUGAUGACGUUUCAGCCGAAUGCAUCGAUUUCAUGAGAGAAUUUAUUGACAUGAUGAAAAAAUCACAACCAUCCGAGGAACCAAACAAAGAAAUGUUGAAAAAGAUAUUUUACUCGAUAUUAAAGAAACUUAAAUAUGAUGAAGAAUAUCGAUUUUCCAACGAGGGCGAAGAAGAAGUUGAGUUCCAGGAAUAUUUGCGUCGAUUAAAAAUUCUUUUCGACAAUUUAUCCAUGCUCUCUCCCGCCACCAUGCUGGAGAAUAUCCACGUAGUUUUGUCGGACACCCUCCCACAUUGGAGGCGUGCGUCUUUUGUAGACGUUGAAGUAGCCAUAAGAAUACUGUACAUGGUUGGGGAAAGUCUUCCGUCUAAUAUGAGCACGCAGUUCUCUAUGGAUAAAAAUAAAUCCUCACCUUUACAUAACAUGAUGACAUUGCUUGUUAGCAGUGAAGUAAGCAGCCAUCCCCACCCAGCAGUACGACUCCAGUUUUUCGAAACCGUAUCCAGAUACGACCGGUAUUUUCCGGUCACUGCAUCGGGGCAACAGCAGCACCCAGUGGUCACAGAUACAACAAUGUCGUUUCUCGACCACCGAGGCUUGAGGUCGAACGAGCCUAAAGUUCGAAGCAGAUGUGCUUACUUGUUCUCAAGAUUUGUGAAAACUCUAGGGAAACAGCUGAGUCAUUUCACUCAUGAGAUUCUAACACAAGUUCAGGAUCUUCUUGUGUUAAGUCCAGUGAAUGAUAUAGAGCGAGCGUUAUCUUGCGACGACCAACUAUUUGUGUACGAGCUCGCAGCCGUGACAAUUGUCAACAGCGACUCCGAUGCUGCAGGAAAGUCGUCGCUCAUGACUGCUCUCUUGCGCCCACUGGUUGAAGGUUUUCAGCCCCUUCUUCAUAAAAUGGUGGCGCUCGCUGAUGAGGAAAGUAACUCCGAGGACCAGUCAGCCCGUCCAAGCGAGAUGUACGCCAACACACUCAACUAUGCCAUGUCUUACGCAAGUCGUACUAGCAAAGCUUUCAGCAACAAGCAGACAAUCAGUCAAUCAGGUUGCAGCGAGGUUUACACCGAUGCUUUGAAAGUUUUUUUGCAAGUUUUGGAAACUCAACACCAUCGUAGCAUUCUACAUACUGGUGUUCGUCAAUACCUCCAUAGGAUGGUGAUUUGUUUAGAAGAUGAAGUUCUCCCUUUUGUCCCGAUCACCGUCCGCCACCUCCUUACAAACCAUGACCCGAAGUCUCUUCAUGAGUUUAUUCCUCUGCUAAACCAAAUCAUUUGUAAAUUCAAGAAACUGAUUGAACCGUUUCUGAGCGAGGUUUUCAUGUUGGUCGUUCGUGCCGUGUUCGAAGUAUUAUUACAUCAUAAUGGUGAUUCAUCUGUUCACGAGGAAGAUUCUCGUUUAAUACGGAGAUCAUAUUUCCAAUUUCUUGCAGCCGUCGUGUCUAACGGAGUUUCUGGGGUCAUAUUAAGACAAGCACCCUCCGAUGUGGAAAUGGUUCUGUCCACUCUGAUACAGGGAGCAGGGGAAAUCCCUGAUCCAGUAUCGCAGAAAAUCUGUUUCAGCGCGAUUGGGAAGCUUAUUGAGACGUGGGGCCAGAAUAAUGGUAUUUCUAUGUGGGAGUUCGUCACCAAAAGUGUUGUACCUGUGUGCUUGAUGGCGCCGCUCAGUGGCAGUUUUGAUUUGAACGACGCACAGACGGUCUUAGCACUCAACGAGUCAGCGUCUCUUAUGAAAACUAUCAACAAAUUACAUGGAGUGGAAUUGGAAAAGUUUUUGCGCCAACAAUUCCUUCCAUCACUUAACUUGUCAUCUGAUCAAAUUGAGAACUACUGUGGCGCAAUCCAACAACUUGAUGUUCGAAACUUCAAGGCUUAUACGAAGGCUUUUUUCUCCCGUCCGAAAACGUGACCAUCAGCACAAUGUUUUGAACAAUAUUGCUUUUAUUUAUUUUAACAAAGCAAAACUGGCCGAUGGUCCUAAUUUUUUGCUCGUUAUCAGUUUGCGUUGUCGGUUGUAACCGCAAAUGGUUUAACUCUCUGCUGUGUUCGUCCAAGCAAAUUACCUGUAACUUGUUCGCCUAUGUCCGUGAAGUACCUACAGCUUACGCUGAUAGCUAUCUACAAGUGAAAAACGUGGCCUCGGCCUCGGCCUCGGCGAUGUUUUUCACGAUUAAAAAUUGGUCAGAUUCAAAAAACAUAAAAUUAAAGAUUCUGUUAAUUCGGCAACUUUUACAGUGUUGCCGGAUUUGUGUUUGUCUCCAAUUUUUGCUGGACGUAAUGUGGCCAGCAUUUUGUUAAUCACUACUUUAGUGCAUUUUGCAUGUUUACGCCUCGACGAUGUUUUUCACUUAUAGUUAGCUAACAGCGUGAGUUGUAGGUACUUUGCAGGCAUGGAGCAAUAUUCAAUACCCCAGUAUGCAAGCUUGAUAUCAUGUUUGGUUUGUCCCAAAUUUUGAGUAUAUGUGCAAUUGGUAUACUAGGUAUAGUACUGUGGGGUAAGAUGGGACACCUUUAGCACAUAAUAUCUAAAUAUCCUGGUCGUAUUUUAAAAAUUUGACCAAAGUCUACUAAAUGGUCCGGAAAAAAAACGACUAAAAAGGUGUCCCAUCCUCUCCCGCCCUACUAUAUUGCUUAAACCUGGGAACUCGCAUACAUAAUUGCCAACCACGGGCCCUGGUACAAGUCUUAACUUUCAAAGCGUUGUUUUGUUGCUGCCAACUCAACUAAGUUGCUAUUUCAGUCGUUCUGCAUCUGACCGACUUUAUUUAUUAUUUUAAUAUUCCGACAUGUACUAACUUGAGUGUUGUGUUGGUUUUUAUUCGUGGUUUCCAGACCUCCUCUUUCGCUUUUUGCAACUCCGUGACGUCACAUGUUAUGACGUCAUAAUGCUCGGUAGCGGGUUUUAGUUUCUUUUAAGUUUUGGCACUGCAGAAUGGUGUAAAUAUAUUUAAAUCGAAGUGCCUUGUGAACAAAACAUGAAUGUCCUAUUUAUCGUAUACGCUGUAACGCAGUGUUGUAAAAACAUUCGAUGUUAUUUUAAGUACCAGGAUUAAAAGCGUAAUACACUUGAAUUUAAAUUCGA